AUGGAUAAAACUCCACAGGAGUGCCUUUCUUCGGUCACACCUAUGGACAAUAUCCCAACGGAGCUACGCUGCAUGAUCGGCUCUUAUCUCACCAAGCAGGAUCGUUCAAAUCUUAAAUUGCCCUGCAGAAAGUUCUAUGCGUGUCUCUCCAAGCGACUGGAGAACAGUUGCGCUUUAAAGGCGACUAUUUGCCUAGAAUGUUGGGGGUCUCGCAUAUCAUAUGCCAACUCCACUAAGCUCCUAUUUCGCAGUCUCUCGAAGGUGGCCGACGUCAACGAGAUUAAGCUAAAGGUUGAUCCAUACGAACUUCGACCUAUGCAUAGUGCCCAAUUCGCUAAGCAAAUCGCUGUUGCGGCUCUUAAGCAUUGCGAUCCUGCCGUCCUGAAAAGUGUGUCGCUCAGUUCCUGGUGCGAGAACGAUGUAUGCACAAUCAUUGCGUAUCUAGAGCUCCAGUCUGUGUAUUCAGCUCGGCCACAGGCACUUGAGACGCUCUCGUUACGCUUUGAACGCAGAUGGAAACCCUACAAGAUAUAUAAUGGGAUUAAUGAGCAAGCAGAGGGAAUAGAACAGGUCGCAAAGAAUUUUCCUGGUCUCAAGCAUCUGUGCAUUCAUGGACCCCGUUAUACGAAUCAUCCACCUGGAAUACCCCGUGGAGAAGCCGACGACGACACAUGCUACAUGACCUUUUGCCUGGGUGUUGAUGAGCUCUGUGAAGCGUUGAACAGUUCCAGUGUUGAGCAUUUUGCCAUCGAGAUGACUUCAUGCUAUUUUAGCGACGAGUUCAAGGCCCUCGCCAUAGCCAUUGACUUGCACGAUGAAUCUUCUGACGAAUAUGAGCGCUUCUUUGACAAUAGAGGCUUUCUAGAAGAGUGGUAUGAAAUCGAUGAGGCUGAACUCGAGCAGUGGUAUAGCAAUGUCACCGACAGCGUCAUCGAAGCUUGCCCGAACUUACGUACAGUGAGGGUGCUCUAUAAAGGUAGUCGGAGUCAAACGGAACCUGCAGCUUAUUUCUAUGGCCAUCGUCUUGACGAUGGAGGAACGUUUACUCAGUUACUUAAGGGGGAAUGGGAUCAUGGAUUUGAAACAGGGCUGGAUCUUACCUCUUAA